UCCUCCCCCAGAGCCCGGCGGCGGCGGCGGCGGCGGCGGCACCGGCACCGCCCCGAAGGCCGCUCUCCCCGAGGGCUGGCUACCACGCCUGGGCGAGCCGUUGCCGCGCCGGGAGCCGGCCAGCCGGGAAGCGAUGCUGCGGGUGCUGGACGCCGGGCUGGAACGCUGCCUGGCGCUGCAUUCGGCUUACAUCCCCGUGCCCCGGCACAGGAAGCUCUCGGGCAAGGCGGGCAUCGACGAGGUGAUGGCGGCCACGGUGCUCACCAGCCUCUCCACCAGCUCGCUGGUGCUCAGUCACCCGCCGGCCACCCCCGCCCCAGAGCCCGGAGGUGAGGUCUGGAAGGAGGCGCCCGCCAUGUCCUCCAGCUGCAGCAGCAGCAGCAACACCAGCGGGGACUGGAGCUGGGACCCCCCCAGCGACCGCUCCACCCCCUCCACCCCGUCGCCCCCACUCUCCAGCCACGUCCCCAGCACCUUCCUGCCCGCCCCGCUGCUGGACGAGGGCCCCGACGAGCCCGACGGCACCCACUUUGUCUUCGGAGAGCCCAUCCCGCGGAAGAGGAAGAACUCCACCAAGGUGAUGUUCAAGUGCUUGUGGAAGAGCUGCGGCAAAGUCCUCAGCAGCUCCUCAGGGAUGCAGAAGCACAUCCGAACCGUGCACCUUGGCCGGAAAGCCGACCUCGAGCAGAGCGACGGCGAGGAGGACUUCUACUACACGGAGCUGGACGUAGACGUGGACUCGCUGACGGACGGGCUCUCCAGCCUGACGCCCGUGUCACCCACCUCCUCGGUGCCACCCGCCUUCCCCGGCCCCGAGGCGCAGGCUCCGGUGCCGCCGGCGCUGCCGAGCCCCGACCUGACCUUCUUGGCCUCCCCCCGGCCCCCCCCCGGCCUCUGCCACGUCCACACCGACCACGCGUACCAGGGCUGCCCGGUCCCACCGCUGCCCCCCUCCGCGCCCGCCCCGCCGCCCCCCAAACCGCCCGCCGUCCCCAGGUGAGCCAUCAUCCCCAGCCCCUCGCGUCCAGCUCCGGGAUUUGGGGGGGGGGGGUUUGGGGUGUGUGUAUGUGUGUCCCCCACGCCGUGAC